CAACUUUAUAUAUAUAUAUAUAUAUAAUAUAUACACACACAUACUAUAUAAUAUACAUGCAUGUGUGAAUGCAUUGGUGAUGACAGAAUUGAUCAAACAAAUACAGAACUAUUACAUUAUUGCGGACGAUACAGUAGUACAAGUUACGUAUUUACGUGUGUUUAUCAGUACUGAAACAUAUCGUGGAAAUCAGUUUUUAUAAGUUUUUUCAAUUUAACUUAGAUUUAUAAGAUACAAAUAUAUUGUAACAAGUAUUAUUUAUACAUCCAGACAUUGUAUUAGGUCGAAAGAUAUAUAUAUAUAUAUCUCUCCUUCGUAUUUGAUAAAUAUAUAUUAAGUAAUAAUUUAAUAUAUAAAUAAAUAAAUAAAUAAAAAAAUAUAAUGCCGCCAAAAAGAAAAGGUAAAGCUAGUAAAUUCGCUCGUAUGAGCGAGGAAGAACGUGCUCGUUAUAUGCAGCAUCGUGCAGAAUUAGAAUUAGAAGCGAAAAGACGCAAACAACAAUUGAUAGCAAUUUUUAGUAAGAACAAAUUGAAACGCGAAGAAGCUUUUUCAAGAUUGAAUACAGCAAAAAUAAACGAACAGUGGCGAUUCAUUCUUCGUCAGAUUAAAUGUAAAGAAUUUUAUGAAGAUAUUAAGUAUCUUUGGAAAAAUUUUGAUAGAAUGAUUAAUACUAAGGAUAAAAUAAUACAGCUGUUGCAUGUAGAAAUAGAAAUGGCAGAUAUUGAUCAUAGAAGAUUGCAAGAAGCUCAUAUUGGAAUUAUAGACAAAAUUAUUGAACUGUACGCGCAGAAACUUAGAGCUUUAUGUGACGAUUACAUUAAUAAAGUGCAUAGCAUUCAAGGUAAAGAUACAGUAGAAUUGAAUAAAUUAAAAUCACAUAUGGAAAAAACUUGUGACGAAAUCAAAUUGAUUAUCGUGAAUGAGAAAGUAGAAUUGGAAAAAAUAUUAGCAAGGACUAAUUCACAAAAUGCUGUUAAUAUUUGUAAUUUAAUUUCAUUGAGAAAAAAUAUGAUGUUAGAACUUAAAAAUAAAAUUUCUAUUAAAGUAGAAAAUUUAUCGAAACAAUUAAAUGAAAUAAUGCUAGAGUAUAAUACGACUACGGAAAUCAAAAGGAAAAAAUAUGAAUUAUUGAAAGAACAGGAUGAUACUAAUCUAGCAGAAAUGACACAAUAUCCAAAAUUAAUUACACAAUUGCAAAAUAAAAUAAAUACUUUAAAAAAUGACACAGAAAGUUUAUUAGAAAAAAGGGAGUCUAGCAUUACCGAGUUAAGAUGUCAGAUGAAAUUUACAAGCCAUAAAUCAUUAACAGUAAAAAAAAAUUUUAGAACGGAUCAAAUUUUACAAUCUGAACAGUUAAAAAAAUUAAGCAUUGUUUGUAAUACUGUCAUUAAGGAUUUGAAAAAAAUUAAUGAAAAAAGUAUUACAUUGUUAUCAUUGAUGAAAUUGUGCUCAGAACUAGAACCUUUAUCAGCAUCUAUUAAAAUGUAUAUCUGUUCUAACAUAGAUCCUGUAGAAGAAUCAACCAUACAUUGCGUGAGUGUUCAUAUAAAAUUGUACAAAUUUUAGUAAAUUUUUAAAAAUUUUCUAUU